AUGGCCAACGAUGAAGAUCAAAGGAACAUGGCGAUCAAGGUCGUCGCGGGACUGUUCAUGUCGAUCGCAUUUGUCGCCGUCGUACUGAGAUGUUAUGUGCGUGGCAGGGUGGUGAAGGCGUUUGGAUGGGAUGACGGGUCGAUGGUCGUGGCCAUGGCUUGUUAUAUAUUGUUCUCAGCCUCUAUGAUUGGAGCGGGGGUGCACGGGAAUGGGCGACACUGGUAUAGUGUGGAAAAAGAUGAGCGAGUGAUCGCGAUGAAGUACUGGUGGCUUUGCGAAAUUGCAUUUUGCUUUGCGUCCAUUUUCUGCAAGAUUUCGAUUUGCAUUUUCCUGAUGCGAAUCUGCAUCAAGCGAACCCACUUGUGGACACUCUACACGGUCAUGGCUCUGACGGUCCUAGCGGGUCUUGUUUUCAUGUUCCUGAUGCUCUUGCAGUGCAAGCCACUGAGCUACUUCUGGAAUCGCAUGGCCUAUCACCCAGUUGUAAAUAUCGAAGGUGAAGGUUAUUGCAUCAACAUGGAAAUCAUAGUCGCCAUGACAUACGUCUACAGUGUUUUUGCGGCAGCGUGCGACUUUACCGUCGGUAUUCUGCCGAUUUUUGUCGUGCAUCAACUCCAAAUGAAGCGCCAAACCAAGGUGGCUGUGAUCGGUAUCCUGAGCAUGGCUUGUAUUGCAUCCUCCGCCGUGAUUGUUCGUAUUCCAUUUGUUGAAACGUUUAAUGAUUUAAAUGACUUCUUGUAUUCUACCGUUCAAAUCGCCUACUGGUCGAAUAUUGAAGUCGGUCUCGGUAUCACUGCUGGCAGUCUCGCAACCCUACGACCUCUCCUUCGCCACUGGUUUGGCACGCGGGCAGACCCCUCAUAUUCCGCCGGGUUCCCGAAAGAUACAUUUGGACGCCGUUCUGGUGGCAUCAGUGGGCAGCAUGCUCUACCUCUGGGGUCAAUGAACGGACAAAGCGAGCUAAGACCCGAUAAAGUUGCAGUCAUGGUGACAAAUAUCGAGAGCCAAAGAGAAGGCAAACAUCCGUGGUCGCGGCCGUCUAGCCCAAGCAGCAGCGAAGAAGGGCUGACCUACCAGCAACACACACCACAUGGAAGAAUGGAAGUUGGCAUCCAUCAGACAUUCGAGGUCACACGAACAGGAGCGGCGGAACAAGAUGACGGACUCGAAACUUGGCGGAUCGCCAGGGAGCAUGUAUAA